CAGUGGGCGAGAGCAGUCACGGGACAAACACAAACAAACACACAAAGCAGGCACAGAAGACAGAGAGUUGAGUCUUUCCAGCAAAGAGUCAGAGUGAACGGACCCGGUGACGGUUGGCUCAUCUGCACAAAGAGGCACUCCUGAACAGCUUGGGGUAAUGGCAAAGGUCUACAAGAAGAGCAGCCGGAAUGGCACGGUUUCCCUUUAUCUGGGCAAGAGAGACUUUGUGGACCAUGUGGACAAAGUUGAGGAUGUCGAUGGCGUGAUCCAAGUUAAUACAUCAGCUCUUGAUGGAAGAAGGGCGUUUGUCUCCCUCAGCUGUACGUUUCGCUACGGCAGCGAGGACCUGGACGUGUGCGGCCUGAAGUUCCGUAAGGACAUCUGGGUGAGGCGGCAGCAGGUGUACCCGGUCACGGGGGAGCAGCGGCCCGCCAACACGGCCAUGCAGCAGGCCCUGCUCAAGAAGGCCGGCGAGGACGCCUACGCCUUCACUUUCACCAUUCCUACAAAUCUGCCCUGCUCUGUGGCACUCCAACCUGGCCCAGAUUUCGCCGGCAAGGCCUGUGGUGUUGACUUUGAGGUUAAAGCAUACAUUGCAAAUGAGGCUGACAAUCCAGAUGAGGAAAUUUCUAGAAAGGACACGACUCGCCUGCUCAUCCGCAAGAUACAGUUUGCACCAGACAAACUAGGUGCUGGACCUGAGGCGAAAAUCACCAAAAAGUUUUUAAUGUCUGAUCAGCCAAUUCAGCUCAUAGCAUCUACUGACAGAGAGCUAUACUACCAUGGAGAUCCCAUUCCCAUAUCUGUGAAAAUCAUCAAUAAAAGCAAUAAGGUGGUGAGGAAAGUCAGAAUAACAAUUGAACAAACAGCAAACGUGGUCCUUUACUCUGCUGACAAGUACACAAAGGUCGUUCUUUGUGAGGAAUAUCCGGAUCAAAUUCAGCCCUCAGCCACACAUGAGAAAGAAUACCAAGUGACUCCGCUGCUUAUUAACAACAAGGGGAAGAUAGGGCUGGCCCUGGACGGAAAACUGAAGGAUGAAGACACAAACCUGGCAUCAACUUCCAUCAUCCGCUCUAACGGGGAGAAGGACGUCUUGGGAAUUCUGGUGUCCUACACUAUCAAAGUGACAGCUGUGACGUCAGGGAAGAUUAAAGAACUUGUGGGAAAUUUACUGAACAGUGGAGUGACUGUGGAAAUGCCCCUGGUCCUGAUGUCACCAAAGCCAGCAGAGCGGACAUCACGGUGGAGUAGCCUUAGCCACCAGAACAGCCUGUCCCUGGACGACCAAUAUGAAGAAAUAGACAUACGCAGGAACACAGAGAUAGACUUCCCUGAUGUCAAGUCCUGUCAUAAGCCAAGUACCUGCAGUGUGUCAUAAAGUUCCACAUAUUUUCCUCCAAGUAUGACUUUUACGUUAUUGCUGUGUCUCAAAUGGUGCUUCAUUCAGUGCGUAGGGCGCUCACGCUGAAAAUUAAAUGCACUAAAAGUCCAACCUUUCCCUUGGCACUACGCACUAAGGCUUCAGUGCACUGUGUGCACUAUGCACUAAACAUCAGUGCACUGACACAAGUGUGCUAUAUGAGACACAGAAACUAUAACAUUACAUUUACAUUUUAGCUGACGCUUUUAUCCAAAGCGACUUAAAGUUAUUUGCAGGGUAUGGAUUACUCGAGCAAUGUGGGGUUAGGUGCCUUGCUCAAGGGCACUUCAGCCAUGGAGUGAGAUAGAGAGAGGUAAGGGUGGGAUUCGAACCUGCAACCUUUUGAUCUAGCCUCUAUCUCUAGGCCAUGGCUGCCCCACCCAGGGAUGCCUUACCCUGGAAUGUCAAACAAACUCAGGCCCGGGGACCAAAUCUGGGGGGUGUCAUUUUAUAGCAUGGUGUCAUUUCAAUAUGUACAGUUGGCCUGCAUAAGCUUACACCAUUAUAAUAGUAGCAAUAGUAAUACGAUUUGUAAAGCACUUUACCAUACAUAACUGUCAUUCAAUGAGCUUGAGAGGAAAUAAAGACAAGAGAGAAGAAAAAUGUACAAAUAAAAAUAUUCAAAGUAAAAAAACAAUAGAGUAUUAUAGGAUAACUUUGGCCAAAGGCAGAUGAAAAUAAAACUGUUUUUAAUCUAUUUUUAAAACAUGAUAUUGUUGGAGCAGUCCUAUGAAGUCCUUUGAAGUCCUAUAAAGUUACUCUAUGAAUAGGAAGCUGGUUCCAGCAUUUUGCAGCAUAAUGGUUAAAUGCCAUUUCACUCUGUCUGGAUUUUACCCACGGCACGCCAUUAGUAGAG